UUGAAUUUCGCUUGACGACAUGGCCCAAGCAACAACAUGGCAGUCCGUCUGCGCUGACUUGGAAGAUGUAUUGAGACCACGGGGUCUAGACCUCGUGAUUCCGAUGAACGUGGGCAUGUACAACGAAGUGGCUCCGCCGGCCUACCAACUGGACGCGUCGCCGUCGUCGCUGUUGGUGAUGGUUGGCAACACGAAGCACUUGUGGCCCACGUUUGUGAACUCGUUGGACGUGGGCAACAUUCCUGACCAUCCGUUGAACGACUUCACCGUGUACGAAGUCACACGAGCGUUGGCGCUGGUCACAUCGACCUCCAGUGUUGCAGUCGAAAACGUAGAUUGACUGCGUAGCAAACCACCCGUCUGCUAACUUCCUGUAGGUGUUUUGGGUUCACGACACUGAGAUUGGGAAAAUGAUUGCCGCGGUGCGCAUGGUCGUGGCGUCGGGCUUUGCAUCAUACUCAAACGAAGCUCACUUGUGCGUACAUCCGACAUACGGCCCUUGGUUUGGCCUUCGCGCCGCCAUUGUGUUUGCGUGCCCAGGCCCCACCGAGCCAGUGUACCAUGAGCCGGCCACGCUGACCCUGCCGGCCGACGUCUCCCAACGCACGCGCGACCUGUUCGACCAAGCGAUCGCCGUCAAGACCGUGUCCGCCGAGGCCAAGUCCAUCUGGUUCCGCCUCCGCGUGGGGCUGCAUCCGAGCCACCCGUUCAUGUACUCGGACGCCCAAGUCCGCUUCCACUACGCCAACUCGCCCGAGUCCCGCAAGGCGGUCAUUGCGGCCGUGCAGUCCCACACCCCCAUCGACUACGUGCUGGAGCCGCCGACAUCUGCCGCUGUGACCUGCCGUCGCCUAGUCCAAACCGUCUUGACUGAUCUCAUGGCCAGCCAUCCCCCUCCGGACGUGGUGCUGCUCAGUGGCGGCCUGGACACAUCCAUCAUCGCAGAAGCCAGCGCGUGCGACCUGGACGCGCUCACGGUUGAAUUUGCGACGCCCAUCCUGACCAUCCAAAGCGGCAUCACGGUCCGAGCAGACCCUGCCGCACAGGAUGCCACGUAUGCCAGCGCCAUCUGCCACCGACUCAACAUACCCCAUCAUUGCCUCGAAGUGUCUGUGGAAACCCUAUUGGAGCACGUGCCUGUUGUGAGUCGAAUUCUCACGACGUUCGACCCCAUGGAGCUCCGCAAUGCGAUCGUGAUCUACCACUCGCUGCUGCGGGCCAAGGAACUCGGGUACCAGUGUGUGGUCACGGGUGACGCUGCCGACGAGUUGUUUGCCGGGUACUCGUUCUACGCGAGCAUGCCGGAGGACCGGCUGCAGCUGUACCGGCACCACAUUGCGCGCAUCAUGCGGUUCUCGGCGCAGCCACUGGCGGCGGCGUUGGGGCUGACGGUGCGCAGUCCGUUCCUCGAUCCCCGCGUCGUGGAAUUUGCCCUGUCAUUGGGCAAACACGCCCUCGUUGGGGACAAAACCCCCGUGCCCAACGGCAAAACGUACGGCAAGCUCGUGUUGCGCCAGGCGUUCCCCGAGGCAUUUUCCCAAUGGCGCGACAAGGAGCCCAUCGAACAAGGCGCGGGGACAUCCCAGCUCCGACUCGGGUACUUUGGGGAUGCCAACGUUCCUGGCUUUUACUCGAGGCAGCGGCAGCUGUACCAGCAGCACCACGUCGUGCUGCGGGACCACGAACACUUGGUCUACUUUGAGCACUUUCUCGCGGCAUUCGGCGGAUCGCUGGACGCCGUCCCCAAGGUGCGCGACGGCGACGAUCCGUGUCCGGCUUGUCGCUUCGACCUGUCGUCAAAGGACCAGGACUUCUGCAUCACGUGCGGCUUCUGGCCGGCGCGAACGACCGACGCCAACGCCGCCUCGGCCAAACCGGCCAUGGACAAGCUGGCCGAGUUGCUCCAAAAGUUGCAGGAGAACGACGAGUCUGUAGAAGAACCAAACCCGUCAGUAAACUAGGGAAGCACUCGCUUAAAGGACAUGAAAAGGUACUACAUGAAUCGCCUGCACCGUUGCUCGUUGCGGCUCGAAUACUUCUAAGGCCGCGGAGAACAUGGAAGACAUGGAAGUUGGAGCCUGAUUGACCAACAAUUACAUUUUACGUCGAAAGUCAGAUUGAUUUACAUUUUUUAUUGAAAUAUAUCGAUUGCACCCCGAA